GUUUAUUCGAAAUCCUCAUGGCUAACGACGCCGCCGACGCGUUGAGCGUGCACUUGACGACAGCGCACGGUGUCAAGGUCCUCGCGUCCAUAGCGACCAAUGAUGACCACGAUGACCUCUCUCUUCAAGCGGAAGCCCUUCGCCUCCUCAGUGAACAUGCACAUGACCCCACCAUUGCCAGCGCGUGGGAAUCGUCGUCGAUCCUGACGUACGUACUUGCCUCUCCAGCACUAAACGAUGCCGACUCGGAUCUCCAUCUUGUGUUGUGGAGGUGUCUCGCACAAUGCGCCGAAACCGUAACCCCGUUGCUGCCUCAACUAUGGUCCGCCCGUCGGUCCAUCCUUGACGUCGCCACGUCUAUCCAAGACGCUCCGUUGCAUUCCACCUCUCUUGCAGCUCACACGCUUGCGGCCCUCGUCGCGUCGGUAGCAGAACAUGCUCCUGCGCUGCUCGUGCCAUCCGCUUCCACGGGUCCGUUUGCCGGCUUCGGCGACCUUUCCGACCUUGGACUUGCCUUUGUGCGUCAAGUCAAGCUCUGGUACGUCCUCACGAACGAAGCCGCGCUGUUGUCGAUGCUGGCGCAUGCCACGACGACUGUUUCCGACGUGAAAGUCACGUUCCAGGCCAAACUGCCGGCGCUGGUGUGCCGCGAGUACGUCUUGUAUCACGAAACAUUCGACUUGCACUACAACGCGGUGGCAUUCUUGUUCAAUUUGGUGCAUGUGUUGUGGCGGGAUGACGUGGCAGCACCAGAAUCCACCACCCGUCACGACCAGAUAUUUGGCCACGUCGUGCUCCGACUCUGCCUGAGCAAACACAAGAUCGUGUGGUCGGAAAUGCGCGGCGUGCUUGAACAUAUCGUGACGUCGUCCCCCGACUUUGCCGCGGCCAACCUCGUGCCCCAACCCCACCUUCGAGGCGCCGUGGCCCACCUCGCCGCCAAGAGCCAUGACGUGGCAGCAUGGACGACGAGUUUGCUUGGUCAAGUCGACACAUUCGAAACGGUUCAUCGCAUCAAUGUCAUCCAGUUGCCGUCAUUGCAAAUCGAUUUGACCCUGCGUGACGCCGUCGACGUGGCAACAACGCUCAAAACUACGGGCAAUCGUUGGUUUCGCGACGGAAAUUACACGGCGGCGCGGUCGUUUUACCGCGUGGCGCUGUCCACGUUGACCGUGUCGGAAGCGUUCAAUGCGUCGCGACGACCGACGGCAGUGAAAUUGACUGUGGGGCACCCCGUCAAAGUGCAGCAGGGCACCGCAUGGCUGGUGGGGAUGGUGAGCGACGUAAACGAGGACGUGGUGGACGUGAUGUUUGACAACGGCACCGAAGCCGACAACGUUCCCAUCCACAAAGUGCACAUGCUGCCCGUGGAAACGUCAGCGAUCGCAGAUCUAAGGUUGCACCUAUGCAUGAACAGUGCCAAGUGUUUGCACGCGUUGGGCUGCACCCAGGACGCGAUCGAGUGCCUGACGUUUGCAUUGACAGUGUCGUCCGAGCACAUCCCCGCCCUCUACUUGAGGUGAUCUUUCGUCUCUUUGAGUGUAUGUGGGAUAUGUAUGCCUCAUCGAGGGGUGGAUGUAGGGGCGUGCUAAGUAUGGCGACGCACGACACGUCGCAAGCGAAAUCCGACUUGCAGACGGCGCAUCAGUUGGUGUCGAAGACGAAGACGCAUGUAGAGAUGGACGGGAACAUUCGGACGGCGUGGUCGCGACUGCAGUUGAUGGUCAAGCACCGCAAACGAGCAGACAAGCGCAUGAUCAAGGAGAUGGUCGCGUACUUGAACACGAUCAACAUUGAAUAGUCUUGGGAAGGGAGGGUAUUGUGGUACCAUGGGGACACGAUUGAUUAUAGUCGGGAUGGGAACACGAAAUGGCUGGCGUUACUGGGACUUCUUGGAAGUGGUGGUUGUGCUGUAGCGUUGGAUGAAAAAGUGCAAAAACAGCGCAAAGUAGCUCGCAUACAUGACGAUGCCGUAUUGAAGGUUCGUUCGGUUGGCAUGGCAUGUAGUCGUGGAAGACGACGACGAGGUCGACAGGUAGAUAACACUUGCGGCGCAGACGGCGACACCCACCACCAUCUACAAGAUUGAAGUUCCGAGGU